GCUUUUCCAGGUCCCCUCUCCCGGUGAACCGGAUGCUGUCAGUUUCCUCCUCGGCGUCCUCGGCCGCCGCACCGGUACCUGGCGAAGCCGCAGGCACCCAGGAGGGCACAGGCAGGGGGCUCCUGGCAGCUGGCCUGGCAGGUGUAGGGCGCCGGUAGGAGCUGGGCGCGCACGGUUACCGAGCGUGGAGGAGACACUGCCCUGCGGCGAUGGGUGCCAGGGGCGCUCCUUCACGCCGGAGACAGGGGGGGCGGCGGCUGCGGUACCUGCCCACCGGGAGCUUUCCCUUUCUUCUGCUCCUGCUGCUACUCUGCAUCCAGCUCGGGGGAGGACAGAAGAAAAAAGAGAAUCUUUUAGCUGAAAAAGUAGAACAGCUGAUGGAAUGGAGUUCCAGGCGUUCAAUCUUCCGAAUGAAUGGAGAUAAAUUCCGAAAAUUUAUCAAGGCACCACCUCGAAACUAUUCUAUGAUUGUUAUGUUCACAGCUCUUCAGCCUCAGCGGCAGUGUUCUGUGUGCAGGCAAGCCAAUGAAGAAUAUCAAAUACUGGCUAACUCCUGGCGCUAUUCUUCUGCUUUUUGUAACAAGCUCUUCUUCAGUAUGGUGGACUAUGAUGAGGGGACAGAUGUUUUUCAACAGCUCAAUAUGAACUCUGCUCCUACAUUCAUGCAUUUUCCUCCAAAAGGCAGACCCAAGAGAGCUGAUACUUUUGACCUUCAAAGAAUUGGAUUUGCAGCUGAACAACUAGCAAAGUGGAUUGCUGACAGAACGGAUGUUCAUAUUCGCGUCUUCAGACCACCCAACUACUCUGGCACCAUUGCUUUGGCCCUGUUAGUGUCACUUGUUGGUGGUUUGCUCUAUUUAAGAAGGAACAACUUGGAAUUCAUCUAUAACAAGACUGGUUGGGCCAUGGUAUCUCUGUGUAUAGUCUUUGCUAUGACUUCUGGCCAGAUGUGGAAUCAUAUCCGUGGACCUCCAUAUGCUCAUAAGAACCCACACAAUGGACAAGUGAGCUACAUUCAUGGAAGCAGCCAGGCUCAAUUCGUGGCAGAGUCACACAUUAUCCUGGUACUAAAUGCUGCUAUCACCAUGGGGAUGGUUCUUCUAAAUGAAGCAGCAACAUCCAAAGGAGAUGUUGGAAAAAGACGGAUAAUUUGCCUAGUGGGAUUAGGCCUCGUUGUCUUUUUCUUCAGUUUUCUACUUUCGAUAUUUCGUUCCAAGUACCACGGCUAUCCUUACAGCUUUUUAAUUAAAUGAAGCAAAGUGGGAUUUCCAUAAAGUGAAUGUUUACCAUGAAGAUAAAUGUUCCAGACAUACUAGUUUGAAUUCUUAAAUUCAUUUCCUUGUUUUCUUGUGAUAAUCUAGCUUAUUCUUGUAUAAGGUUUUUAAAUGUGAGAUUUCCUAGUAAAUGUAAUUUAAAGAAAUUGAUGGUCAAAUUAGAUAUUAGCAUUGGAAAGAACAAAGGAAACAUUAAAGUGUUUUUCAAGCAUAUUACAUUCAGUGUGUGCUAGACUGAAGUGACAAUGUAAUUUUGAA